AGCGCGACCAGUGGCCCGGGACGAGUACUUCGUGUCCAGCAGAGGUGAGUCUGCAGUGUUCCAGACACCAACAAGCUUCUUGCCCUAUCGCGCAUCCGAGUCCCCUCUCGAGUAACUAUGACGCGUGCGUGGUCUUUGGCCUGCCUGUUGGCUGUAAUCCUGCUCGCCGAGGCUGUGGAGAAGUACGAAGAGGGCCGCUUCGCCCACAUCAACGUCGACGAGGUCCUGGGCAACCAACGAAUCCUCGGCUCCUUCAUCAAGUGCUUCUUGGAGGAGGGGCCGUGCACGGCGGACGCCCGCGACAUGAAGAAGCUGCUGCCAGAGGUGAUUGACAGCAACUGCGAAAGGUGCACUGAUAAUCAGAAGAAAAUGAUGGCAAAGGCUGUGAAGCAUGUGAAAGAUACCCGUCCAGAGGACUGGGAGAAACUUGCCAACAAAUACGACCCAGCCCAUGCUAAAACUGAGGAUAUAGACAAGUUCAUAAGUGAUUCUCUUGCUUUGUAAGAAAUUCGAUGAUUAAAUAAGGUUGUCAAAAAAAUGUCACAAUAUUUAGUUAAUCAAUGAUUUAUUCUAGAACUUUUUGAAACUCUUCUUGGAUCCAGCACCCUUGGAGACCUUCAGGACGUUGAAGCGAACAGUCUUGCUGAGGGGGCGGCACUCUCCAAC